AUGUCUGCUCAGAAGCCGGACUACUACGCCGUGCUGGGCGUCUCAGCCGAUUCCACUUUUGGCGCAAUCCGGAAGGCCUUCUUCAAGUUAUCGCUUGCGCAUCACCCAGACCGACGCGAUAAGUCGGAGUUUGAGGAGGCCCACAAGGAAUUUGUGCUCAUUUCUGCCGCAUACAACGUGCUCAAAGACAAAGAGUCUAGACAUCAGUAUGACUCCACACGGGCACGUAGAAUGCAGCGGCCCACGGCGCAGAGUCACUUCAAUGGUGGAGAUGCUUGGUUCAACCAAGAGAAUAACACCGAGGAUGCAUUCGAACCCCGGGGCUCCCAAUUUCCUGGCAACCCUCGGUUCUACGCUGACCAAAGCGAACGAGACGCUCGCGAACGCCAGCGUGCCCGGCGUGCCGACCGUGAACAUCCAAGGCAGUGGGAAACCGACUCAGAUUCAGAUGACCCGGAAAAUACAGGUGCAAAUCAGCCCGGUGAGCCGCAUGAGGUGCCACACCUCAAAAAAGACGAUGAGACCUCGCCUGAAGAAGAGGCUUGGCUGCGGUUCCGAACCGCUAAGAACAACCUCCAGGGAUUGUCAUUUAGCCUCAGGGACGCUCUGUAUAUGGUCUUGGAGACCAUCCGGCAUCUGAGAAAAGUCGACGCUGUCAAGCCCCAGGCCGCCAAGUCCAGAGCGCAGCUACGCUUCAUCGAGGCUUAUUUUUCCACGCUCCAGAUCGAGAUGGACUCGGUUCACUCGCCAAUGUGGUUGACGGAAGCAACUGUCAUCCGCGUCAAGAAAAUGAUGAUGUUGGAAGAGCAUAUCCGAGACCUUCUGGGGUUGCUUAAGGCGCGGCCACCUGCUGAUGAGCCUAGCUCUCCCGAGGAAGAAGCUAUUACAACUAGCAAGCUUGUGCUGAAGGCCAUGAACACGUGUGCUCAACUUUAUUAG